UCAGUUCUAAGUUGGGAGAUUGUUUGUUUUCCUUGCUCCGUGUUGACAGUCAAUGCGUUUGAGCCGGAGCUCGUCCUCACUGGCCAAAUAGAUGAUCAUCUUCGUCGUUGUUUUAAUCCAGCGCCAUUGCAACACAAUAGACAUUUAUUUUUUUCACCGAGUGAUUUCGUCGUCCAUCAUCUUCCUUCUGCAUCACCUAGACGUCCGUGUGUGUCAUCGACAGCAUACUGGACAUAGCCAAUUGAACCGCCUAGAUGGUGGUGAAAAUGACGAGCAGUAACGGCGGAAGCCUGGCCGUCAUGGCCGGCUCGGAGGCCGGAAAUGGUAGCAGUAGUGUCGCCGAUGUUGACGGAACAGACGCCGCCGUCGAGGCUUGUUCUGGUGGACGCAUUGAAGACGAUAUUGCCGAUCAUUCUGACGACGAGCAAGGUGCCGAUGCCGCUUCAGAUGAUUCAGAUUCCAUGGAUUUCGACGACGAUGACGACGAUGACGGAUCAGAUCUCAUGUCCAAUACGACGCUCGGCGAUGACAUAACCGCCCAGCUCGCAGCCGCUGGUCCUGUUGGUAUGGCAGCGGCUGCAGCCAUAAACUCGUCCAAAAAGAGGAAGCGACCCCACUCGUUUGAAACGAAUCCAUCCAUACGUCGGAGGCAACAGACGAGGCUUUUACGUAAACUCCGCCAGACGAUUGACGAAUAUGCAACUCGAGUCGGACAACAAGCCAUCGUCUUGAUCGCUACACCGGGCAAACCGCAGAACAAUUUUCGCGUCUUUGGCGCCAAACCUUUAGAAGAUGUUGUUAAAAAUGUGAAAUCCACCGUUCUUCAGGAUCUGGAAACGGCUUUGGCGCAUCACGCUCCACCACCAGCUCUAGACGAUCCGUCUCUCUAUGAAUUACCUCCGCUAGUCAUCGACGGAAUCCCUACACCAGUCGAAAAAAUGACGCAAGCCCAAUUGCGAGCGUUUAUUCCGCUGAUGCUCAAGUUUUCCACCGGUCGAGGAAAACCUGGAUGGGGCAAAGAAUCCACUCGACCACCUUGGUGGCCAGGAGAAGUACCUUGGGCCAAUGUUCGAAUGGAUGCUCGCCCCGAAGACGAUAAGCAAAGAGUGUCGUGGACGCACGCGUUGCGGCAAAUUGUCAUCAAUUGCUACAAGUACCACGGACGGGAAGACCUGCUGCCCGCCUUCUCUGAAGAUGCAACGGAGGAAACUAGUCGCCCUGCAAAAGUGAUAAAAACCGAAUCGGAAGCUGAACAACAAGCCGAACGGAGCGCUGAUGUUGUUGCUCAACCACAACAGCAGCAAGAGCAACAGCAACACCAGCAACAACAUCCACCAGCUCCACCACCAUCGUCUCAGCCAGCUCAACAUCAGCAGCAGCAGCAGCAACAACAACAACAACAACAGCAACAGCAACAGCAGCAGCAGCAAUCUGUGCAGCAGUUGGUGCAGACGAAUUCGGCACCCAGUGCCCAGUACGCACCGACUGUCGUUCAAACGAUCAGCAAUCCUGACGGGACAGUGUCCAUCAUACAGGUCGAUCCUCAUUCAUUCACUAAUUCAUUCUUCCAGGUGGAUCCCAACAAUCCGAUCAUCACGCUACCGGACGGAACAACGGCCCAAGUGGUUGCCACCCAGGGAGUGUCCACCGUUAACCAGUGCGACGACGACGAUGGUGCCAACCACGAUCAGCAGCAACAGCAUCAGAAUGACCGCAACCAUCACCUCAUGAACUCGAAACCGAUGAUUUGGCAGUUCGUCCCCACUUCGCAGAUCACGGGUGUCACGUCUUCAGAUGGCGUGACGACGCUCACCAAUUCCGCCGACGGCACGACAGUCACCACUGUCGACUUGUCGGCCGUGACCGAAUCCACCAUCGGCCAAGAAGGCCAGCACCACAUCCUUCUCACGGGUGAAGAUGGCCAAACGUAUCCGGUCAGUGUCUCAGGAAUGAUCACCGUUCCCGCCAUGUAUCAGGCUAUGGUUGCCAACAUCGCACAGAUGGGUCAAUCAGAUGCUUCUGUUCAGGUUUUGGGACCUUUAAUAUCGUCCCUACCGAAAUCAGAUUCUAAUGGAGGAGAUGAUGGAGCCUUGGUGUCGACAACAUCAACAGCUGGGACAGCAACCGGGGGAAUGAACGUUGGAGGAUUGGCCGUCACCCCCGUCCUAGCGCUAGGGCCGAACGGGACGCAGCAACACAUUCUCCAGGUAUUUGACAUAAAUCAAUCUCGUACCACCAUGUGGCUAACGGGCGACGGGCGAAAGGUGACGGCCGCGCCCAUGGUGACUUCACAGCUUCUCGGUGAGGUCGACUCGUCCAUUUUGGCAUCGGCCAUGCAACAAGUGACGUCUGGCGAUGUGGUAGACCUUCAGGAAACUUCGCCCUCUUCCAAUUCCGAGUAGAAGGCACUUACCAAAAGCACUCCCGCAUUUCUCUUUUUUUUUUUCUUCUGCUGACCAUGUAUAGACCAUUCACUUCUUGAUAUUGUAUUAUCGUUAUCGUUUAAUCUGUUUACGUAACUGGUGCAUGUGUAUGUAUGUCUUGAACUAUUCGAUUCUUAUUAAACAUUGGCCGGUGAGCUCUAUCGCUUCUCUUUUCCAUAGCGAUCGUUGAAAAACAAAACCAACAAAAAACAAAAAAAGAAAAGACUGAGUUUAACAUUUCGAAUUUCUAGUUCAUGUUUUGCGGUGAUUAGCUUUUCCCACAUGUGGAUUCACGAUUAGGUUUAGGGAUGGAUAUUGUGACAUCGUCAGCGAAGAAGACAAGCUCCAAUUUCGUUAUGUGUGUGUGUGUGUGUUUGUUUGAUUUGACUGACGCAGAUUGUUCUCGUUGUCGUAUUGCAAAAUAAUUAGGCUCCUAAAUCUCUUUGCUAACCUACUUAAAAGAGCUCAAUUCGGGCAUGAUGAUGUGACUCUUUCCCAAAACAGUUGACAUACGAAGGCAUUGUUUUCUAACCUGUACAUAAUAGGCUAUACACUGUAUUCGAUUUCGAUUUUCCCUCCUGGACGCUAUAGUCACGGUCCCUAUCCAUCUCUCUGUUGGUUUUAUCGGCCAUCUUUUGCCCAUGUUGUGUUUUUAUCUGUGUGUAUACGAUUCGUGCUAAUUUCACUUUAUGCUCUUGCCUAUACAUUAUAUUUCGCUAUAUUUGGCUGGCAUUCCUUUCGGUUCGCCGCCCAUUUUUUGUUGUAUCGAACAAUCAUCUUCCCCAUCACCGAGCACUUGUCAGCAUAUACACCGUCAGUGUAAUACAAUUUGUUCAUUAACAUUUCAA